AAAAGAGAAUGUUCAAUUAUGUUAAAAAGAAUCCAAAUUUCCAGAGAAAAUCCUCUUUUCUCACAAACAAUAAAGAAUAACCAACGACCAUGAAGAAAGUCUAAACAUGAGCCAAAAAACAGACGGGCGAAUUUACCUUUUUAGCCUCCCAACGGCUACUUCCUUGUGACCGUUUCCAGAAUCCCACAAUUCAAAUUCUGAAACAGCAACUACUAUGCUUCAUUCGACACUCGACAGAGACAUCCGAUUCCCUCAAAAUCUCUUACAAAGACACCCAUCAACAACGCAAGCGGAAAACAACAACUUUUUUCUCUUCUCCUCCACUGUCUGAUUCAAAAAAAAUCGAAGAAUCCAAGAAAUUCAGACCAAAAAAUGGUUUAUUCUUACACACCCACUUACUAUUCUACUCUCCAUGAUUCUAUCACCUCCCUCUGCAAAUCCAUCCUUCCCUUCAGCUUCAAGAAACGGUGCCUGCCGGCGGCCGACCAGAAGCUGGCCAAGCUCCAGUCCGACAACCUCAAAUGGCAGCAAGAUUCCUUCCACCAGAUGCUCAAAUUGAUGGGUCUUCAUAAAGAAGGAAUUUUAGCUGAACACGAAGUUUCGGAUUUCAGAACCCAUCUGCUUGAUUCUCUCAUCGCUUCUCCGGCGGAACAGGAACAGCAAGUUAUAUUGAGAGAUAAGCUCUUAUUCUUGCAGGAACUUCUGUAUGCGAAAUGCAUAACGGCAGAUGAGUAUCACUCUUCAAAGAGGCCACUUCUUCAGAGGUUGGCAGUUCAAGGAGCCGAAAUCGAAGCGAGAGAUGUGAUUGUGGCGGACCCGAAAGAGAAUUCGAAAGAGAAUUCGGAAGAAGAAUGGUCAGUUAUUGACUUGAGAGACGAAAAGACUUCACUGAAAUCGAACUCUAAUUCGAAAAACAAAUCAAAGCAUGUGUUGGGUAUGAAGCAGAUAAGAGGAGCUGCAUCCGUUUUUAGUUUUGGGUCAUCUCAGAAAUCUGAAAGGAACAGAAAAGAGAAAAGUAUUUUCGAUCCCGAGAAUCAAUUGUUCAAUAGCAGCGAAACACAUUCGAUUCUGAUGCCGGAAAGUUCGAACAAAGAGAGGAGUGAGGAAAAGGCAAAACGACGGCCCUUUAAGACUCUGUUUCAGGGGGGGAAUGGGAAUUAUGGCCCUGAUUAUGAAGAAAGGAUGAACAAAUCUGGAAAGAAGCAAUGGGGUUUUAAUGGGAUGAAGAAAUGGAAGAGAGACGAAACAGAGGAUGAGACAGCUCCAUUGCCACUCCAUGAAAGAUCUGAUAGUGAAGCUUAUUGGGGUUCUUCAAAUUCGGCUCAGAUUGCAGCGAGUCCAAUUGGGGAGGGGCCUAAUACUAAACUUAUAAAAAGAAAGUUGCAUUCUAAUGGUUCUCCAUCGGAUUUCUUCAUUGAUAAGAAGGUUUUAGGCGAGAAGAUAAAGAAAGAGCUUUCACGGAUUCAAACAGAACUCAACACCACAAAUCCCAACCUUAAAUUCUCGGAUGAUCAAAUUGAGGCUAUUUCCACUAGGCUUCCUGUUGACAAAGCUGACCUGAAGAACUUCUUUCCAAAGUCAUGGUGCGAUCGAUAUGGAGACGUAGUAAUUGACGUGGUGAAGAAAGAGUUCAAAGAACAUGUGGGAGAGAUGGAGAAUAAGAGAAAUGCAGCAAGUGAGAAACGACGUAACAGCAGCAACUCAAUGCGGUGGACCACGUUUGAGGAUGAUGAGAACUGCCAGCCGAAUCUCUUCUUCAACAACCACCACAAGGGCUUUCAAAACAACCCUUUCUUCGACGUUGAAUCAAAGAACAGUACUCAUCAAAUCGGAUCCGAUUCCGCUUAUGAGAAUCCAUUUUGGAGACCGAGACCAAGCACUGGUCUUUCAAUGCUCAAGUAGUAGUCGUUAUAUAAUCAGAGACAGCUGAAAUUACCGUCUUCCCUGUCUUUUUUAUUUGUUGUCAAUAUAGUUUAAUUCAUUUGGCGUCGUCGUCGCACCGAUGUUGUACAAGUGUUUGAACCAUUCAAACUAAACUGCGUUUUCCA